AUGGCUAUGGUGCCAGUUCAUCCUGGUGAAUCUUGGUCCGGAGUGGGAGCCCUGGGUCUCUGGGUGGCCAAAUUCGAAGAUAAAGAGAGAAUGGAUGCUGCAACAUGCACUUUCAGGGGACUCUUCCCCAUCCUCGAAGCAGAACAGGCACGUCGCCUGCAAGCUGCUCGUUACACGAAGAAUUGUGGUGCGUAA